AUGUCCCACCAAGCCCACGCAUACCACAUGGUAGACCCAAGCCCCUGACCCCUAACCGGUGCUGGCGCCGCAUUAUUAAUAACCUCCGGCCUAGCCAUAUGAUUUCAUAAAAAUUCUUGUAUUUUAAUAACACUCGGUCUAAUUCUAAUACUUCUUACAAUAUAUCAAUGAUGACGAGACGUUGUUCGAGAAGGAACCUUCCUAGGCCACCACACUUCUCCAGUUCAACAAGGUCUUCGCUAUGGAAUAAUCUUAUUUAUUAUUUCAGAAGUUUGUUUUUUCGCUGGUUUCUUCUGAGCUUUCUAUCAUGCCAGCCUAGCACCAACUCUAGAACUUGGUUUAACGUGACCUCCUACAGGAAUUACUCCACUGAACCCAUUCGAAGUACCACUAUUAAAUACUGCAGUCCUACUCGCCUCCGGAGUAUCAGUAACUUGAGCCCACCAUAGCAUUACUGAAAAAAACCGGACAGAAGCGACUCAAGCCUUAGCCCUAACAGUUCUGCUCGGACUCUACUUUACGGCCCUCCAAGCUAUAGAAUACUAUGAAACUCCAUUUACAAUAGCAGAUAGCGUAUAUGGUUCAACUUUUUUUGUCGCAACAGGCUUCCAUGGCCUACAUGUAAUUAUUGGCUCCCUAUUCUUACUCACAUGCUUAAUACGACACAUACAAUAUCACUUUACCUCUAAGCACCACUUCGGCUUCGAAGCCGCUGCUUGAUAUUGACACUUUGUAGACGUUGUCUGACUAUUCUUAUAUAUCUCAAUCUACUGAUGAGGCUCUUAA